AAUUACUGUAACCAAAAACACUUUCCAUUUAUUUAUGUGAGAGUUUUGAGAAAGGAACGAAGCAAUUAACCAAUUGAACAUUGUGUCGGAGUUCUUACCCUCAGAAACUGAGCAAACGAAUCCCAAAGACCAAACCAUGAACUGAGCGAAAUCCCAUUCACGAAACCCUAGAACGAUAAUUCCUACGUUUAUCGUAUCAUAAAUCUCAAUCUCCAGCGAAAAGAUUCACAACAACGAUAAUGGAUCUUCAAUUGAAAUCCAGUUGUAGCGGAUGCGGUGAAACCACCGGUCUCUACGGAAGCAAUUGCAAGCACUUGACUAUUUGCGCCCCCUGUGGCAAAACCAUGGCGGAAAAUCGCUCUAAAUGCUCCACCUGUGGCGCGUUGCUCACUCGUUUGAUUCGAGAGUAUAAUGUUCGUGCGAGUUCGGCAAAUGAUAAGAAUUAUUUCAUUGGAAGGUUUAUGACUGGGUUGCCUGAUUUUUCAAAGAAGAAAAGUGCUGAGAAUAAAUGGUCUUUGCAGAAAGAUGGAUUGAAGGGUCGUCAAGUUACUGAUGCUACAAGGGAGAAGUACAAGAACAGGCCUUGGCUCUUGGAGGAUGAAACAGGUCAGUCCCAGUUUCAGGGUCAUCUUGAAGGUUCACAAUCAGCUACGUAUUACCUGCUAAUGAAGGAAAAGAAGGAGUUUGUUGCCAUUCCUGCUGGUUCCUGGUACAACUUUAACAAGGUUGCACAAUAUAAGCAAUUGACUUUAGAGGAAGCAGAAGAGAAGAUGAAAAAUAGGAAAAAAACUGCUGAUGGAUAUCAAAGAUGGAUGAUGAAAGCAGCAAACAAUGGGCCUGCUGCAUUUGGUGAACAUGGGAAGUUAGAUGACAAGGAGAGCAACGCAGGGGGUGGGAGAGGCCGUAAAAAGACUGGUGAUGAUGAAGAUGAAGGUCCUUCCUCUGAUAAAGGAGAGGAAGAUGAAGACGAGGAAGUAGAUAGGAAGAAAAGACCGAAUAAAAAAAACACCUUUGAUGAUGAUGAAGAAGGUCCAAGGGGAGGGGACCAUGAUGAGGAUGAUUAUGAUGUUGAAAAGGGUGAUGAUUGGGAGCAUGAAGAGAUUUUCACUGAUGAUGAUGAAGCUGUUGGUAAUGAUCCCGAGGAAAGGGAAGAUUUGGCUCCCGAAGUCCCCGCUCCUCCUGAGAUCAAACAGGACGAUGAGGAGGAGGAGGAGGAUGAAGAUAAUGAAGAAGGGGGAGGUCUGAGUAAAUCUGGGAAAGAGCUGAAGAAGCUGCUUGGGCGAACUGGUGGUCUAAGUGAAUCUGAUGAUGAUGAUGACGACGAUGACGACGAUAUUGACGACGAAGACGGUGUUCCUGCUGUGACUGCUACUAAGCAGAAGGAACCUAAGGAAGAACCUGUUGAUAACAGUCCUUCAAAACCUACAGCAACAGGACCUGCUCGUGGAACACCUACUUCAAAGUCUUCAAAGGCGAAAAGAAAAGCAAACGAGGAAGCAAAGCCAUCUAUUAGUGUACCACCUAAGAAGGUGAAGACAGAAAAUGAACCAAAAUCUUCUGCAAAAGAUGUCAAUGGAUCUUCGUCCAAAAGUAAUGCACCUCCAAGAGGUACACCACCACCGUCAUCAAACUCUGGGUCUUCUAAUGCAGCUUCUGGACCUGUAACCGAGGAAGAAAUUAAGGCUGUUCUACUGCAGAGGACUCCGUUAACCACACAGGAGCUUGUAGCUAAAUUUAGGGCAAGAUUAAGAUGUAAAGAGGAUAAGGAAGCUUUUGCUAAUAUCCUGAAGAGAAUCUCUAAGAUACAGAAAACCAAUGGAUCCAGUUAUGUUAUCCUGAGAGAGAAGUAACUUUGCAAUCUCCAGUAAUUGAUUGUGUUGGAAGAUAUGCUAAUACACCAUUGACAGCUUAUACCGGUUAAUAUCAGAUAACUUUCAGUGUGCAUUAUCUUCGAGAUGCCAAAAGAAGUUUGAUUUUAUUUUAGCAACUUGAUGACCAUUACGCGUGCGAGUUUUGUUAUUCUUGAAAAAACAGAUUUCAGAGUGUUGUAUUAGACACGGAGAUGGUGUUACACUAAUCCAUUGCAUAGACAACUUAUACCAGUUAAUUCCUUGAAAAAAAGUUUAUACUAAAUAAUGAUAUGAUAGAUUCAAAUUGUACAAGAGUAGUAAUGCAUAUGCAUAUUUAUCAUUACUUUU